GCCAGUCUAGCAUUCUGUUUCCAAGAGUGAUCUGCGAGAUGUUUUGGGGGAACUCACAACAACCCAGGCACAGAGGCGGUGGCCCUGUAUUUAUGUUAAUCCUCAGCAUCUGACAGAGUAGGGCUUGGAACCACAGGCGCAUAUACAUGAAUAAGCACACCUUUUAAAAAAAUAGUACCAAAAUGACACCUAGUGAACAUUUGUGCACAUAUACACACGUGCUUCACCAUACAGGUAUUAACCAAUAGGAGCCUUCAACAGUCCUACAUGUAUUGCAACAGCAGUAGCUUCUUGGAAUUGGUCUGGGUAUCCCGAAGUGCAGCCUGAAAUAUUGCAAAAGUCUACGAAACCAGUUAAACCAGAGAGGUUAUUGCAUUGCAGAAAAAGAUACCAUGUGGACCUCAGGGAAUGACCUGUGAUUCUGCCAGUCCCAAAAGAUGCCUGCUAUAAACAACAAACCAAAGUGAGAAGAACCAAAGGAUUACAGAAGCCACCUUGACCAUGGGAAAGGCAAAGUUCAAAUUUGAAUAAACCAACUGAAGACAAUGUCCACCACCGUCACCACCACGCCGGCUCUAUGACAGGACAAGCUUUGCCUGGGGUGAAGGGAGGAGAAAGCCACCAGCGGCAGCACACCAGCAAGGAGAGGGGAGAGAGGCUGGAGGCGACAGAAAGAUGCUGAGCCCCCUCCAGAAAUGUGGUUCUGAAGGAUGCCUCUUAGACUGCGACUUUCUACCCUGGCACCGGAGCGCCCUCCGCAAGCGGCACUCGAGUUGCGAGGAGCCUGAGCCAGAGGAUGACCAUAAGGACCGGAGUAAGGAAAAACCAUGCCCCCCAAGCAUCUGUUUAGAGGCUCCAGACUCAGACAACUGCCUCCAGAUCCCACUUCAGGACCCCGGAGGGGUGUGGCGAUGCCGCAGCGAGGGACGUCUGGACCAGAACGAGGCUCCCAUUCAAGGGGAUAUAGAGUUGGGGGACAAAACAGGAAGUGGGUGGAGUUUGCCAUCCCCCAAAUCCCUGAGGAAAGAACGUCACCCAAGAGGCAGAGUUGCAGCAGCGAAAGAGCACCUGAGAAACCUUUUUGGAGGAUCAAAUAAAUCUCUGGGAUCCAGCGUGGAAUCUAAUUUGGGGUCAGAUUGUGACAGCAGCCACCAAGCACGGACAAAGCAAAAACAAUGCCGCAGGAGAAAUAAAAGAAACUUCUUAAGGUUAUGGAGCUCAGGGAGUCCAGAAACCCAGUCACUAAGACCAACUCCGGAGGAGGCCCAAGAAUGGGCUGAAUCUCUGGAAAAACUAUUGCUUCAUCCAUAUGGUCGGAGUGCUUUUCAUUCUUUCCUGGAAUCAGAAUUCAGUGAAGAGAACCUGGACUUCUGGAUGGCAUGUGAAGACUACCGUAAGCUCCGAGGCUGUGACAAGCUUCAGGACAAUGCCAGAAAAAUCUAUGAUGAAUACGUCACCAUCCAGGCUCCCAAAGAGGUGAACCUUGAUUCCCAGACCAGAGAUGUUACCAACCGGAACAUUUUGCUCCCCACCCGCAGUUGCUUUGAACAGGCACAAAGGCGUAUUUUUGGCCUGAUGGAGAAGGACUCGUACCCCAGAUUCCUCCGCUCCCCAGUUUAUCAAGCACUAGUUCAGCCAAAUGGACAGGAUCCCAAUGGGGCCAUGUAAACCCCACCAGUCUAGGAAAGAAGAGCCUCGAGAAGGGGCUCUUCCUCUGGCUUGUGCUGGGCCCUUUAGACUGUGCACACCUGAAAAAGAAGCAAGAGAUUGACUGACUUGGUUCUCUGAGGACCAUGACCAACACUGGGCAAACAGGGGACCGAAAUAGUUCCAAAGUGAAUUAGCUUGCAGAAAGUUUGGAGCGAGCAGAUGUUUUUGAAUCUAUGUAAAAAGAGUAGAAUUAUAGAAUCACAGACAAGGCAGUGGGUGUCCGUGAUCACCUGUUACAAACAUGGAAUACAAUGUUAUGCAUGUAGUUUGGCAUCCUGAGAUGCUUCCCUGCUAAGAGAAGGAAGACACUGAAGAAAAGAAGCUAUUUUACUGAAUCCCCAGCAGGGUAGGAGCUCAGUCCUUUUACUCCAUCUCAGUCCGUGGCGUGAUGAUAGCAGGGACUGUGCAGCUGGAACUAUGAACAGCAUGGAACUCACCUUAGAGAACUACCUAGGAGUGUUUGUGCUCAGGCCUUGGAGCCCUCUUGAGAUGUGAAAAGGAAUCCUGAUGUCUAACAUUGCCCUUAUGAUUGGCAGGCAGCACAAAGGCUCUGGAUUGGCCAAGCCUGGUGUAAGUGCCAGGAGCCAGACGUUCUGCCUUCUCCUGGUAAACAAAGCAGUGCCUUCAACAUGCUGUACUUUGGGCUUCAAGCCCCCUGGUUGCAGCAACUGACCCUGAACUGGAGAAUGUACCCACAAGUUUUUGGUACAGCCAUCCACAGAUUCAGCCUAGCCCUAAGAUGAACCCAGCUAAUGAUUAAACUCUGUUAGGGUUUAUUUUUUGCAAAUGUAGUAGGAUAAUUUUCCUGGUGAUCUUUCCUCUCAAAAUGUUGACUUUAUAGCAUGCGCUAGUUUGGAAACAUCAUUAUUCACUGUGCCACCAGGAGGCGCUGCAUGUCUACCGCUUAAGCUCAUCCUGGGCUUUGGAAGCAAUAGCUGGCACCAGGAUGUCUGUCUCCAUCUCUCUGUCUUUCUCUGUCUCCUCUCUGGGCUCUAUACAUGGUGCACAGCAAAUAUGAAUUCUGCAUGUGCACUGGAGCAUGUACACUGAUGUUUCCUGUGGAUGACAUUCAUGUGUAUACAAUAA